GAAUAGCAGUGCGCGCGGGGAGAUAAGUUUGUUGUAAAAAAUUAUCUCUGCGCCGAAAUGGUCAAGUCAACUAGCUUUUUUGACUUUUACUGUUUCCACAAUCAUAAAAAAAACGAAACAACUACCGGCGCGCUUGAUAUGAGGAAAUAUCACCUAAGACAAAUACACCGGGACACACAUGUAUAGUUGGAUAUAAGCGACGUUCGCCAUUUGAGUCUUCAGUUUCUGCUUAACCUUCUCGAUAAGAGGAUCGUUGUGUGAGCUUGAGUGUGUUAACUUCUUGACAAUAGUCGAAAAAAAAUGUUCAAACAAACGGCCUGUCUGGCGCUUUGCGUGCUCCUGCUGGUGAUGAUCGCGAAUACCGAAGCCGAGAGUGAGCCAAAACGAUGCGGCUGCAAAGUUACCAAAGAGUACAAGCCAGUUUGCGGCACCGACAACCACACCUACGACAACUGGCGCAAGCUCGCUUGCAAGAACAAAUGCGAGGGGACGAACAUCACGGUGAAUUACAACGGCGUGUGCGCGGGAGACACGAGCGAGGACUGAGUCAUCGUCGUCAGGCGGAUGUUUAUAUGAUUCUAUGAGAUAAGCUGUAGCCUUAAAUAUUCUUUCAAUAAAAAAGUAAAUGUGUA